AAAUAAAAUUCUUUUUAUGACAAGAGAGAGAUGAGAAAGUGAGGAAAAUCUGGAAAAACUUUUUGAAGAGGAAAAAAAGGCAGAGAAUAAUAAUAAAGUUAGAAGAAAAAAAUUUACUAUGUGUAUAUGUGUUGAGGUAUCUGCAUGACACCAAAUCAUCACUGAUAAAUUUAGCUUAGGUUUCUUCUCAUUUAAAUCAACAAAACCAUCUUAUCACAUAUGGAGGGCUUGAUUUGCUUUUUCUUCUUUUUUCAACUUAUCUCUAUUUUAUAGCUUGUUCUAUAUCCCAUCUUUUUUUUGGUAUUGUUUUUUAUUUUUGUGAGAUUGAGGUUAUGAUGAAUUGAAGAAGGUUCAAUUUGCAUGUUGGUUUUUCCUGAAUUGUGAUUGUUCUGUAAGGUUAAAGAAGUGAAGGAAUUGAAGAAUUACACACUCUUUCUACUAGUUGAAGAAUAUAUAUAGGACUUGACUUGAAUUGCUAUGGCUACAUCAUCUUCCUCAGCAUCACUUUUUGGAUUCAGAGAAGAGGAUCCGAAUCCGAUGAAUCAACAGCAGCAUUCUUUGCCACCGUCUUCAUCAACUGCAACUCCAGCUGCUGCACCAGCUCCGAAGAAAAAGAGAAACCAACCUGGAACACCAAAUCCAGAUGCAGAGGUGAUAGCACUAUCUCCCAAGACCCUAAUGGCAACAAACAGGUUUAUUUGUGAGGUAUGCAACAAAGGGUUCCAAAGAGAGCAAAAUCUACAGCUUCACAGAAGAGGACACAACUUGCCUUGGAAGCUUAAGCAGAAGACUACAAAAGAACCUAAGAGAAAGGUUUAUCUGUGUCCUGAGCCCACAUGCGUUCAUCAUGACCCUUCAAGGGCACUUGGUGACCUCACUGGGAUUAAGAAACACUACUCUCGCAAACAUGGUGAGAAGAAAUGGAAGUGUGAUAAGUGCUCUAAGAAGUAUGCUGUUCAAUCUGAUUGGAAGGCACAUUCUAAGACUUGUGGCACCAGAGAAUAUAGGUGUGACUGUGGCACUCUCUUCUCCAGGAGAGACAGUUUCAUAACUCACAGAGCCUUCUGUGAUGCAUUGGCUCAAGAGGGUCCAAGACAGCCACCAAUUUCUCUGACUGGUGCCAUUGGAUCCCAUCUCUAUGGAAGCUCAAGCAACAACAACACCAUGGGUCUAAGCAUAGCCCAGGUAGCUGCACAAAUGCCCAACAUGCAACAACAAGACCACCACAGCAGCAAUUCAGCCACUGAAAUCUUGAGACUCGGCGCAGCCGCCGCCAAUCGGUCCGGGCAAUUCGACCAUCACAUGCUCCCCCAGGCUACUUUCAGACCUAAUUCCUUCUUCAACAACAACAUUCAUGAGCCAAACCAAAACUUUGUCCCUCAUGAUCCUUCUCAACAACAAGGUUUAAUGAUGCAGAAUAGCCACAAUAGCAACAACAGCAAUCUCUUCAACAUGCCGAAUUUCCUUUCAAGUAACAGUACUAACAGUAGCAACAACUCAUUCUCUGAACACUUGAAUGUGAAUAAUGAAGGAACAAAUUUCUUCAAUGGAUCAGGUGGAACAAGUAGUGCUCCAUCACUCUUCAGCAAUGUUUUCUCCCAAGGAGGAAACAGUAACAUUAAUGCUGCUGCUGGUACUGCUAUAUCAUCAAUGUCAGCAACUGCACUUCUUCAGAAAGCUGCUCAAAUGGGUGCAACUUCAAGUAAUGGAAAUGGCACUACUGCGACUUCGCUUCUCAAAAGCUUUGGAAACAAUACUGGUGCAAGUAACUCAACUUCUUCUGGUGGCGGUGAUCAUAGCAGAGUGCAAAUGGGUGGUGGAAGUGGGAACUAUGGUUUUGGUGGUGGGAAUCAUGAACAGAGUAAUUUGCAGGAUUUGAUGAACUCUUUCGCUGCUACAGGAAAUACUUCAAUAUUUGAUCAAAGUGGAGGAGGAGGAGGAGGGGGUGUAGGGCUUGGAAGAGGAGGUGGUGAUAGUAGUCAGCUGACUCGUGACUUUUUAGGAGUUGGUCAUGAGAUUGUGAGAAGCAUGAGUGGUGUUGUUGGAGGACAAAGGGAUCAACAUGCAGCUGCUUUUAACUUGGCAGCUUCUUUGGAAGGAGAUCAGAGAAAUAAUAUCAAUGCUGCACAAUCAUUUGGUGGAGGAAGAGGAGGUGCUGGUGGUGGAGGAGGAGCAGGAGCAAAUUUUCAUUGAGCAUCAUCUUCCUACUAAAAGGGAUUUCAACAUGCUCCAUUAAAACUUGAUCUAAUUAAAGAUUUGGAGAGCACAGUGAAGCAUAUAUGUGGGAAUUCCUGAAUUUUAUUGAAGCUUCUUAAACUCCAUCGAACCCCCCUCCCCCAAAAAUAUAAAAUAAAAUUCUGAUACAUAUUAGUUUCAAGAUUUUCAUGGUUUAUUUUAUUAGAUUUUGCUAUUGGAUAAUGGAUAUUUUAAUUUGACUAUCGGUUAUAGAUUUUGGUAUUGGAUAAUAGAUAUUUAUCAUA